AACGUCACGUGUUUGUCUUUGUCCGUCCCUAGGAAUACUAAAAAAAAACCCUAACUUCACCUCGUGGCUUAAUUCAACGUCUUGCCUUUCCUUAAUUGUAAUCACGUGAUCUCCUUCUCCCUUAGUCUCUACCCUCUCUUGAAGGAAAGAAGCCUCCACACUCCCCCAUUCCAAUCAUUCCUCCUCCUCAGCCAUGGCAGUUUCUUUAAGAGCAACCAGAACGAUGUCGUUUUCUUCUCUUCUAUCUCGUACCUUCUCUUCUGCUUCUUUAAAUUCCCAAGCUGACCUCAAAUCUGCUCCCUUUUUCGCUCAGAGAAAGUCUCUGCCUCUUCGUCCGGAUCCCAGGGAUAGAAAUGUCCAGUGGGUUUUCCUCGGUUGCCCUGGCGUUGGUAAAGGUACUUAUGCUUCUCGCCUCUCCAAUCUUCUCGGCGUCCCUCACAUCGCCACCGGUGAUCUUGUUCGCGAGGAACUCAAUUCCUCUGGUCCUCUUGCUUCUCUGCUGAAGGAGAUUGUGAACCAAGGGCAAUUAGUUUCAGAUGAAAUUAUUAUAAAUUUACUGUCCAAGCGUCUUGAAGCCGGAGAAGCCAAGGGCGAAUCUGGUUUUAUUUUGGAUGGUUUUCCUCGAACUGUCAGACAAGCGGAAAUAUUGGAAGGAGUAACAGAUAUUGACGUGGUGGUUAACCUAAAGAUUCAGGAAGAAGCAUUACUUGCAAAAUGCCUUGGAAGAAGGAUAUGUAGUGAAUGUGGAGGAAAUUACAAUGUCGCUAGCAUUGACAUCAAGGGUGAGAAUGGGAAACCUGGAAUGUAUAUGGCUCCGCUUCUUCCUCCUCCUCAUUGUGCUUCAAAACUUAUCCAGCGAUCUGAUGAUACAGAAGAAGUUGUUAAGGAGCGACUUCGUGUUUACGAUGAAAUGAGUCGACCUGUUGAAGAGUUCUACCACAAACGUGGGAAGUUAUUGGAGUUCAAUCUUCCUGGAGGAAUCCCAGAAUCUUGGCCAAAGCUGCUAGAAGCUCUGAAUCUUGAAGACCAUGAAAUUAAACAAUCUGCAGCCGCAUGAGUUCCAAUAGUUCUUUAGCAUAUUUACAAGGUAAGUUAGGUCAUUCUUUUCAAGUGAGGGAUGUGAUAUUAUUAAAAUCAAAGGCAAAAGAGGUCUGCACAAUAAGCAUAGUCUAAAUCAAUUAGAAGCUGUGAUAUUGUUUAGAGAGCAGGGAGACGCUGCACUCUUUUUGAUUAUAUUAUUUUUCGAUUAAUGGUUUAUUCCGAGGUUAUUAUGUCGUGGCAAACUGUCAGUGCCCUUCAAUUUUACCGUUGACAGUAUUAUUUGAUGACAGUUGGUUUAGUCCAUAAUAAUGAUAUUGUGGCCAACUGUCAUUGCCAUUCAAUUUUGUUGUAUUAUUUGAUUAUGUAAUUUCGUUUCAGGAUUCUUUGGUCUUGGAAAUUCCAAACUGGAAAAGCAAAUAAAAUGAAAACGUUUACAUCA